CAGCUCUCUUCUCCUCUCAACAGUCGCAAACCCACAGCCGAGCAGCAAAAUGGAGUUCACGCCGACGCAGCCGUCGACAGGACCGGACGAGACGCAGCCGGAGCGCGAAGGCGGGAGCGGCGGCGGAGCGAGUGCCGCCUCGGACGUGCUGUGCACGCUGGUCUGCAUCUCUGGCAACGCAGAAAACAUUGACCUGCACACGAGCAAUGGCGCGGGCGAGGAGCCAAAGUGCGAGUGGGUGUUUGGCCGGCAUGCGAGCUGCGAUAUCGUGCUUGGGGAUAUCAGACGGAUAUCGAAUCGGCAUUUCAGGAUCUGGACGCGCAGUCAACAAUCGACAGACUCGUCAGAGAGGCCAAUUAUUCUUAUCGAAGACCUCUCGACCAACGGCACGUUUGUAAACACGCAGCGGCUGCCCAAGCGACGGUCGAGCAUAGUAACCCAAGGCGACGAAAUCGGCGUCGCGAUCGGCGUGCCUGCCGACGAGCGCAGGUUCAUUCUACACUACGGCCCCGCAUACGCUUCCUCACAUCAAUCUGCAUACUCUCUCUCAAUGUCAAACACCGAGGACGAGCUCCGGGGCGUGAACGCAAAGUACGUGAUCCAGGACAUGCUCGGGCGGGGCGCGUUCGCGGUCGUCAAGCGCGCGGUGGAAAGGACGACGGGGGAGUUGUUCGCCGUGAAGGUGAUUCCAAAGAAGCGGAUAAUGACAGGCGUGGCUGUUAAGCGUGAGGUCUGUAUUCUCACAAAACUGAACCAUCCGCACGUGGUCAGGCUGCAGGAGUGCUUCGACACCGAACCGCACUCGAUCUACGUGGUUAUGGAGUACGUCGGCGGCGGGGAUCUGAUGGACUACGUUACGAAUUACGGCCCGCUCGACGAGCCACUGGCAAAAGUAGUCACCAGACAGGUGCUGCAGGCGCUGAUGUACGUGCACGGGCUCGGGAUCUCGCACCGCGACAUCAAGCCCGACAACAUCCUGCUCUCGAAACCGGGCAAGCAGACGCCGGAGACGGUGAACGUCAAGGUGACGGAUUUCGGUCUCGCGAAGCUGGCAGAGUCGGGAACGGUGCUGCGCACGUUCUGCGGCACAAUGUCGUAUCUUGCACCAGAGGUUAUCAAGACUCGCGAGGCGGCAAAGACGGAACGGAAGUCGGCGUUCUACUCAAACGCGGUGGAUAUGUGGUCGGUCGGGUGUAUGGUGUAUGUCAUUUUGACGGGGUAUUGUCCUUUUAGUGGAGCGACGCAGGAGCAGCUGUGUAGACAGAUUAUUUCGGGAAGGUAUAGCGAGGAGCCGUUGGAUAAUUGCGAGGUGAGCGCCGAGGCACGCUCGUUCAUUGCCGAGCUGCUUAAUGUCGACGCGACGAAGCGGCCGAGCGCAAAGGGUGCUUUGAUGUUGAAGUGGUUACUGGAGGAUGUCAAUGAGCCGAAGCCUGCAGUGGAGGGGGAAGUGGAGAUUGCAGAGCAAGUGGAAAAAGUUGAAGAGAACGAGGAGGACAGAAUGUCAGAGGUGGAUUCUACAGAGAUACGAGCGGCGACGGCACGCAUGUCGCUGGGCGAGCAUCCGCACGAAGCACAGACGUCGUUGGUCGGCGCGUCUUCAGGCAGUUCGAGCAGGAAGCAUAUCUAUGGUGUUCGAGAUUACGAGGAUGACAGCGACAACGAGAACAGCGGUAACGACAACGACAGCGACAAGAAGAGCGACAAGCUGAACGGAGAAACAAAGAAGGAGGAAGAAGAAGAGAGACUGGCUAUUCCGCCCACAGCCUGGGUGAUGCUACGAACGAUGCCAGACAGUAUCCCGUUCAAAGACCAGCUGCUGACGAACGACGUCACCUGGCUAGGGCGCGCGUUGGGCUGCAACGUGAUGCUGAACGACGCGCGUGUGUCGAAGCUGCACUGCGCGAUCCGCAGGAGUGUAAUCACACCAGACAGCGGCAGUAGGGAUGGAAAGACAGCGAGGCUGUACGCGUUUUAUCUAUGUGAUUUCUCGCUGAACGGGUGCUUUGUGAACGGGACGAAGAUCACGAAAGGGAUGCAGACGGAGUUGAGAGAUGGGGAUGUGGUUGAUGUUUUCAAAGAGCACGAGACAAAGCUGUCGUUCAAGGUGGUGCUGCGGAGGCCGGAGGAGUAUCGGGAGGCCGAGCGGGCGAGUAGGGAGAAGGUGGUGCGUAGGCCGACGACGGUGGUGACGAUUGAUAUGGGGAAGGAGAAUGUUAUAGGAGGGGGUGGGGGGAAGCGGCGAGUGGAGGAGGGAGAGGAGAGGCCAAAGCAGAAGAUCGCGAGGAGAUAGAAGAAGAAAGAGCAAUUUUGACAAGAAUACAAGUUGUAUUUACAAUUUCCUAAUCAGGAAGACAGAGAACGGCGUGGAUGCACAAGUGCGGCGAUGUUUUGCGCACC